AUGGGGAAACUGUCCAAGAGGAAGCUGGUGACUCUUGACCAUGGAGUUUCCUGGCCCUAUGACAAUGGGCCUCUGCCACACCUACAACAGGUGCAGAACAGGGGAAUUCAGGAACCAUUCAGGCUCUCAGCUGUGAUCGAGUGGACUCUCCAGGAAGCUUCCAACGAGACCCAGGCCAGGCCUCUCCUGGGGCACCUGCUGAGUGACCACACGGAGGGGAGGAACGGCACCAACCCCACGAGGGCCCUGAAGCUGCCAGACGGCACGAGCGCCGCCUGGUACAUCCUCACCAUCUUAGGCAUCUACGGGGUGAUUUUCCUCUUCCGGCUGGCCAGCAACAUUCUCAGAAAGAAUGAUAAGUCCUUGGAAGACAUGUAUUACUCAAAUCUGACCUUCGAACUCAAAAAGAAAGGGCUCCAGAGCAAGGCAGCCAAAUGCUCCACACUGACCAUUAGCAACAGAGCUGUCCUGCAGCCCAACCAGGCCAGCCCGGGGCCAAAGUGUGGGCACAGCGGGCCCCACGCCGGAACCCAAGGGAUUCCUUGA